GGCAAGGCGAGGCGAGACAAAGUAGAGGCAGAGGGGCAGCGAGAGGGGGGAAAGAGCGGUGACGGCCGCGGACGAGCGGAGGACAGAGAAUGGAGGACGGAGGAUGGAGGGUGGAUGCGGUGUGUGUGUGGGUGGGUGGCUGUUUAGGUGUGUAUGUAUGUAUGUAUGUAUGUAUGUGCAGUGAAGAGGGUGCUGAAGGCGGAAGAGGAUGUGAUGAGAACGGCUGGAGGCGGGAGCUUCGAGCAGAAAAUGACUGUGGUAGUGGUAGUGGUAGUGGUAGUGAUGGUAAUACCUAGCAACAACAAAUUCUCAAACGAGCCGUGCCUGCGUGUACUUCUAGGUAAGGUAAGCACUGCCGUCCACCACCAUCCAGUCCAACCCCAAACGAGCGAACGACAAAACACUAAAGAAAGAGUGAGUAGUAAGUAGUAACUUUACACCGAACUCAAUCCAAUCUCAAGCG